AUGACAACAGUUUCUUCAACAUUAUCCUCCUCUCAUAUUUCGUCCUCAUCGUGGAGAAUAGAUUUCUUGAGCUCUCUUGCCCAGCGCGAUAAACGAGAGAAGUCUCAUGAUGAUUUUAUCUCUGCUUACUCUCGUCUAGCGUCACGCACCACCUCAAUUCACGAGUCUUCCGCUUCAUCCAAAGAUGCUUCUAAUGCACUCGGGGAAGGAGUCCUAGAAGGCGGCGACCUAGGCGGGGCUGCCGCAGGACUUACCCAGCUAAAAGCCGACUUGAGUGCCGCACAACAGACCAAAGCUCACUUACAAUUGAGUCUCAAAGCGGUGGGUGAAGAGAAAGACACGCUUCAGAGAAAGCUUGAGCAGCAAGACCGCAUAAUUUUAGAACGGAACCGACUAGAUCGAAGAACUAGAGACUUAGAGGAGGAAGUCCGAGCUAAAAACAAACAUAUCCAGGAGCUACAAGAUGAAAUCUUGACCCUUACAAUGGAACUGAACAUGCUGACUAAGAGAGAAGAGGCCGUGCGGAAGGAGAAUAAGGAACUUGUCGAUCGAUACAUGGCUGAGAUGGCAAAAAAGGCUGAAAGCAUGAACCGAGAAUCCAAUUGGGAAUAG